AUGGCAAUAAUGCUGCUCUUCAUGCUUGCAACUACAUUGGCUGCAGUGCAGAACUGUAAAGGUUCCCCCACAGAUGGCAUACCUUUAGACAUGGCUAUGGAAUCUGUUGAUGAUGCCUAUUUUGGUUGCACUGAAAAGAUGUCAGAUUUGGUGAAAAACUAUUAUCUUAAAAAGGAAAUGUAUAUAAAUGAAACAUUUAGGGAUUUAUGGAAGGAAGCAGUGAAAAGUGUCAUACCAGAUGAUGGUCUUAAAAAAGAGCAUGCAGCUGCCAUAUGGGUCUACACAAACAAUGCCAUUUAUGCUGAUUUUAACAGGGCUGUUGGUCAUGGUGAAAAAAGUUACAAGAAUGGCACGUUCCAAUACCAGUCCCUUCACUUUCUAUUGACCACUGCUAUUCAGAUUCUCAAAAAAAAGCAGCCACGUGUUCUGAACACAUAUCGAGGAACCACAGAAAAUUUUAGCAAUGUCUCCGUUAACGCAACAAUUCGAUUUGGCAGAUUUGCCUCCUCCUCUUGGGAUGUCAAGGCAAAUGUCAAUUUUGGGAACAGAACUUGUUUCGAAAUUGAAACUCAGUUUGGAGCUAACAUAACAAAAUUCUCUGUGUUUCCAUCGGAAAAAGAGGUCCUGAUACCACCGUAUGAAAAAUUCAAAACAGAUUGGGCUUUGUUUGUCUAA